AUGGAGGGUGGCGCUGCGGAUCGGACGGCGGAGGCGUGGAAGGCGUUCGGCGGGGACUCGGAGGCGGGGAGACUGCUCAAGAAACUCUACUGCGGGACUGCCAAGCCCAAGGUGUCGUACCCGAAGCUGAAGACAAAGCCGCGAGAGACCACGGCACCGUUCAUCCCUGGAGGCGGAGUCGCGGGCGCAGACGCGAGAACGCAUCGGUUGGUGGCGAACACGUCGAGUCGAGCCAUUAAAGCGCCAGCGUUCUCCAAGUCCAAGGGAUCGGGCCCUGAGAUGCAUCCGAUCGAGUAUCUGUCGACGCACAAGAAGCCCCUGAGCGAGAUCGAGAAGGAGAUGAACGAGAUCAAGCGGCAGAUGGAAGCCUGCCGCCUGAGCUGCGUCACGCGAGCGCCGAAUCAGGAGAAGGAAAAGCUCCAGCAGGUUUUCUCGUACACUGCAGGCACAAUUCUACCUCGCGAGCUGUUGCCAGGAGCUGACCUCCUCGACCGAGAACUCUCGCAUGCUGCUGCAUUGCGCAGUGGAAAGCACCCGAAAGAUCGCAUGGCCCAGCUGGAGGAGCUCUACGAUGCGGUGAUGAAAGAAGUGGAGUCACGUAAGAGCUUCAUGGCCGAGAUGGUCGCUCUGGGGAGACCCGACAAGGCAGCGCCCGUCGAGCGAGAGAUCCUGGAGCGGAUGACCGAGCUGCGGAAAAUCCACGACCUCAUGAAGAAGGAGAAGGCCAACAGCAAUAACAACGCUGGCAACUAA